AUGUUCUUGAGUAUAAUUAUUGUUGUAUUGGGGUUAAGCUUGGCGAAUGCGUCAUGCCCCCACAUCGUGUCGAAGAAGGAAUGGGGUGGUCUCACUCCAGUCCAUGUGAGCUACCUUCCGAGACCCUUGGACCUGGUGAUCAUACAGCAUACCGUAACUCCGUUCUGUUCUAGUGACGGAACCUGCGCGGAGGCAGCUAGAAACAUACAGACAUACCAAAUCGACGAAUUAAACUAUUGGGAUCUUGGAAUGUCGUUCCUCAUAGGAGGCAAUGGCAAGAUAUACGAAGGAGCAGGUUGGCUCCACGUCGGCGCCCACACAUACGGUUACAACAGUAAAUCCAUCGGAAUUUCCUUUAUAGGCAACUAUAAUAAUGACGACCCGACGGCCGCUCAACUGGACGCUGUGAAAGCUCUACUCCGGUGUGGGGUGGAGGAGGGUCAUCUUACACCAGAUUUCAAAGUGGUUGGCCACAAGCAGCUGAUAGCAACCCAGAGUCCCGGUCGAAGGUUGUACCAGGUGAUCAGAACUUGGCCGCAGUGGUUAGAGGACGUCACUCCGAUUAAGAAUAAAAGUUAA